GUUUCCCUCUUGCUUCCUGGAAAAUAUGGCGAUCGUUGUGCGGUUCUGUUCGUGACGUUGUUGAGGUUAUAACUUCCAGUCACCAUGCAGAGAGUCGGAUCAGCCAUACUAGAGCAAGGUAUGGGUAACGAGAAGGCAUCGAAAGUGUCGCAGGAUGGAGGUGACAGGCAGCCAGAUGGAGACAGAAAAACCGUCUUUCUUGUAGUUAUCAUGCUAGUCAUUGAUCUCCUGGCCUUCACCAUGAUUCUUCCUCUUCUACCAACGUUGCUUGACUACUAUGGAGAACAUGACGAGAGUGGACUUUAUGAUUGGCUAGUAGACAAAGUGGCAGACUUCAGGGAUCUUCUCGGUGCUCCAGACACGAGGAAGUUUAACUCGGUGCUGUUUGGAGGAUUGGUAGGGUCGCUGUUCUCACUACUGCAGUUUCUCGCCUCGCCUGUGAUCGGCGCCCUCUCUGACGUGUAUGGACGCAAACCCAUGAUGUUGCUGAGCAUGGUUGGUGUCGCGAUCUCCUAUGGUGUCUGGGCGCUGUCAAGUAAUUUCCUCAUCUUCGUGCUGGCUCGCGUCAUUGGCGGCAUCAGCAAGGGCAACGUGAGCCUGAGUACGGCAAUCGUCACCGACGUCUCGACCCCAAAGACUCGAGGUCGUGGCAUGGCAAUGAUAGGCGUCGCGUUCUCAGUGGGUUUCACCGUGGGUCCAAUGAUCGGAGCAGCAUUCACACGCAUGUCUACGGGUGCAGAGGGUUUCUACAUUGCUCCCGCACUUUUCGCGCUGACUCUCGCUGUCAUUGACAUUCUGGUCAUCUUCGUGGCUUUCAAGGAGACACUGCCUGCAGAGAGGAGGUCAAAGUCUCUGGGCAGUGGAGUGAGUGGUGCCCUGGACUACAUCAAUCCAGUAUCACUCUUUCGCUUCAGUGCUGUCCAACAGGUCAGCGUGAAAGAUAAGGUGAUGAUGGCAAGACUAGGGCUCAUCUACUUUCUAUAUCUGUUUUUGUAUUCUGGACUGGAGUUUACACUUACCUUCCUCACACACAUGCGUUAUCAUUACACCAGCAUGCAGCAAGGCAAGAUGUUCUGCUUCAUAGGUAUCAUCAUGGCACUCGUCCAAGGUGGCUAUGUGAGAAGAGUCAAGGCUGGAAACGAAAAGAGAACAGCGUUAAUGGGUCUGAUUCUUGUGAUACCAUCUUUUGUUAUCAUCGGAAUUGGAGUGUCUCCUAGCAUUUUCUACGUGGGAUUGGCAUUAUACUCGUUCUCAUCUGCCACAGUGGUUCCGUGUAUAACCACGAUGAUCUCAUCCUAUGGCUCUACUGAACAAAAGGGUACUAUGAUUGGCAUAUUCCGCUCACUCGGAGCGCUUGCUAGGGCUCUUGGACCCUUCGUUGCUUGCGGUGUGUACUGGAUCGCUGGCCCAAUGCCCUGCUACACGAUCGGUGCAGCUUUACUCUUCUUUCCUCUCCUGCUGCUGCAUCACACGAAGAUGUAGCAGUGUGUUGACAACGAUUGUCGUCUAACGCACAGCUGUGGCACCAAGACAAGUCCCAGCUCAUUUUCUCGUUACAUGGAUAUUGGGAGCAAUUGGUUUUUAAGAGAGAACUUAUAUUUAUAUUAUUACUAAUAAUAGGUGUAUGGUGAUGUACGUGUCCUGUCUUUAUUGUUUGUGUGGGCGUGAAUGAACUACCGGUGCUUGAGUAUUGUCGGAAACCACUUUUGGCCCUUUAAGGCAUGCACAAUUGCUAACCAGAGAUGGAGCCACAUGCCGGGCAGUUGUUCAAUGCAAUCAUGACCCUGCAAUGUGGACGAUUCCUUCAUAGAUUCACUGCUGAAUUUACAGUCGUACAUUUAUCAAGAACCCAUGUGUUAUUUACUUUGUUAUGGUUAAAGUAUAUUGAUUAAUUCUGGACAUUUGUUCUCAUAUGCUGACAAUGGGUUAGCUUGCGAUAGUAUCAGUUGAACAAAAACGUGACAAUCGAUGCUGUAUUACCGAGAGCAAUAAUCUGUAAUAAAAUUAUUUUGUUGGUACCUGUAAA